CGGGAGAAAAGUCGCUGCCCUGGCACAAUUCGCUCGACGAACGCCUUAGAUCAGAGCUCAACCUAAGCUAUUUAUCAGGCCAUCCGUUGCCACUACUUCUCUAGCCUCCCGGGAAACACCUUUCUCUCGCAAGACGCGACCUAGAGAGCGCCGCUUUAGCCGUCAUUAUCAGCGGGCUGGGUUGCCUACUCGCCGCCCCCCAGCAAGAGCAUGUUGUUUGCGGACCUGCCUGAGGAGCUUCUGUGGCAUAUCUUCAUCACCUACUUUGGUCGGGACUCGCACACCCUGGUUCUCCUCGCCACCCUCAACAAGAGGUUUCACCGCAUCACGACCCCGAUCCUCUAUUCGCACGUUACGCUAAGUCUUGUUGACGGCGAUGAGUCGCGCAAGGUCCGGCGAUUUAUCAUGUCGGUAUUUUCCAGCCCCUACCUCGCGCAGUGCGUCCGAUCGCUCGACCUGAACGAACUCUCCUGGGUCCCGCACCAAUCCCUUUCCCGCCGCCGCAAAGAGCUAGUAGCCCGGAUGAUGAGAGGUGACAUCCUCGGUCGCCCCGAUAGACUCGACAUGUUCAAGCUCGUGACCGUCGUUCGGCGCCUCCCGUUAUCGGAUAAACUCAAACACAAGUGGUGCGCGGAGCUGCAGGAGGUUGCGCCGAGCUUGGACUCUCUUAUCGCGCUUUUAUUUGUGUUCCUCCCUUCUCUGGAAAAAUUAGAGUCCAACUGGUCUCUGGAUCCAAUGUACAUCUGGCACCUGUUGCCUCAGGCUGAUAUGGGAAAGGUAGAAUCGUCGCGCUCGCCCUCGCCUUUUGUCCUGCGGAACUUGACCCAUCUGAAAGUCAACUCCGAGACCCCCUGCGGCAACUCCUCUGAAAUACUACCCCUUCUUCAGAUGCCUUCACUGACCCACUUUUUUGGCAGCAAUUGGGGGCCCAUCAGGUGGGAUGGUGGAGUUGCGGGAGUUGAUAUUCAGGCAAAGGGUCUACGAAGCGGCAAAACGACUUCGUCGAUAACGCACCUCGAGCUCCGUUACUGCAACGUCGAUAUGCAGAGUCUGCGAACCAUUCUCAGAUCCUGUCGCAUGGUCAAAACAUUCAUCUUCCAUCGUGAUUGGGACCCCCGGGUUCAUGUGAAGCUUUCUGGGGCUUCACUCUCCAAGGCACUUCGCCCACUUCGAAAAACACUGGAAAAUAUCGCUUUACAUUUCGAGCCGGGGCUCUACAUCCAUCAGGAAGGCGAGAUACAUCCGCUGGAUUUCUCUCAAUUCUCUGUACUCGCCAAUAUAAACGUUGCCGCUGGUUACCUCAUUCACGAUCCGGAGGAUUUCGAUAGUUAUGAGUUUUCGAAGACGUACGGUUCGGAAGACGAACAGGAACCGAUAAAUGUUCCUCUUCACGAUCGGCUGCCGGAAUCGCUCGAAAUCUUACGCAUCACAGGCUUCAGCACUCCGCAACAGCUGGAAUUCCUCUUAAAGGACUGCUGCGGAAUGCUUCAGCAUCGCUCCCGCUUCCCACGACUGCGUGAACUCUCUAUCGAGGCCAAUUUCGACGAGGCUGAUGCUGUAUUCGACACGAGCGCGCUUCAACAGGAGGCAGACCGCGCGGAGGUGGUAUUCCGCAAAAUCAACACCGCGGAUUAUCCUGACGAUGGAAUCGACUUACUCACCCCUGCAGGACGCAAUUGGGGCAUGGAUGGCGAGUUUAAGUGGAGCACGAAGUUAUUUUGA